ACAGCUGGAAGAGUUCUCUCCUGGCUAUAAGUGGAGUUUGAUCACAGAUGCGCUUGUGGCACCGAACUGUAAAAAGUGAAAGGGAUGAAUGAGAGGAGACCCUGAACAACUUCAUCGGGGACAUUUCUAGUAGCUUCUUGUCGAUUAGAUGAAACACAGAUCGAGUCUUUGACUGCGAAGGCAAUGGAACCAUCACCCGCCAACACCCCAACCACCCCGAAACCUGCCCCUUCCUCCCCGCUACCCUCCUCUCUUUCCCCACCUACCCCUAAAUCUACCCCGGGCACUAGACCCACUGUGCCCCUGCCUAAAUCGCCCCUGACCUCUCCAGUCUCACCUUCCAGACCUUUUUGUCCUGGCCCCCCUCUCUCUCCCCCUGCAUCCUCCCUCUCCAUCCCUCCUGCCUCCCCCCUGCGGCAGCCAGUCAGACCUGUCUCCCAGGCGGGACGAUCCCAGCUCAAUGCAGCCAGCAGGGCUCCGGAUGAGAGGAGGGGGGCUGGUGCUGCUGGAGUUACCCCCAGCAUGCACCCUACUACCCCUGUACGACAGGCUUCAAUAGCUGAGCCAGAGGAGCCAGAGGAGGAGCUGAGUGUGGAGGAGCUGGAGGAGAGCGCCAAGUCUGGAGACGCCAAAGCCCAGUCUAGGGUGGGCCGUUACUACUUGGCCCUGGCCGAGGAGAGAGAUGAGGAGCUGAACAACUGUACAGCGGUGAGCUGGCUGGUAGAGGCCACCAAACAGGGUCGUAAGGACGCCGUCAAGAUGCUACAGCACUGCCUAUCAACCAGGAAAGGCAUCACGUCGGAGAACUUUGAGGAGGUGAAGAAGCUGUGUACGGAGACGAGGUUUGAAAGAGGAGUGAGGAGGGCUGCCCUGGUCAUGUAUUGGAAGCUCAACCCAGAGAAGAAGAGAAGGGUGGCGGUGUCUGAGCUGCUGGAGAACGUGGAACAUGUCAACACAGAACCAGGUGACGCUGCCUCCCAGAGCCCCAUAUCCAGCUCCACGCAGAAACAGAGGAGAGUUCUGGAGAGUCUCGUCACCAGCAAAGUCAGUUGCUACGACGUGGGUCUGGAUGACUUUGUAGAUAUCACUAAGAAGUACGCUCAGGGCAUCCCACCUAGUCCCACUAUGGCUGGGGCCGGAGGUGACGAUGACGAUGAUGACGAAGUUGUGAAGAACCCAGAUGACUUGCCCCUUCAUCAGAAGGUGUUGAAGUUUCCCUUACACGCCCUGUUGGAGAUCAAGGAGCACUUGAUAGACUGGGCAUCCCGGGCGGGCAUGCAGUGGCUCAGCGCCCUCAUCCCCACUCACCACGUCAAUGCCCUCAUCUUCUUCUUCAUCAUCAGCAACCUCACCAUCGACUUCUUCAUCUUCCUCAUCCCCCUCCUUGUCUUCUACCUUUCCUUCUUCUCCAUGGUCAUCUGCACACUGCGCGUCUUCCAGAACUCCAAGGCGUGGGAGAACUUCCAGGCACUGACAGACCUGCUGUCUCGCUUUGAGCCGGGCCUGGACCUGGAGCAAGCUGAGACUAACUUUGUCUGGACCCACCUGGAGCCCUACCUCUACUUCCUGCUGUCGGUGGUCUUUGUGGUCUUCUCCUUCCCCGUGGCUGACAAGGCCUGGAUCCCCUGCUCCGAGCUGGCCACCGUGGCUCUGUUCUUCACCGUCACCUCCUUCCUCAGCCUCCAUGCCUCUGCUGAGCUCUUCGCCCGCCGCGCCCUGCUCACAGAGGUGUUAUCGGGGGUCUGUGCCCUGACACAACUGUUACCGGAGAGCGCCUGGUUCCUGCGGGUGUUAGGCACAACAUUUGUGACGGUGCCGCUAGGGGAGAUGGUGGCGCUGAAUGUGGGCGUGCCCUGUCUUCUCUACGGGCACCUGUUCUACCUGCUGUUCCGCAUGGCCCAGCUGAGGGGCUUCAGGGGCACCUACCUCUGCCUCGUACCCUACAUGGUCUGCUUCGUCUGGUGUGAGUUGUGCCUGGCCCUGCUCCACUCCUCCUCCACCAUCGGUCUGAUUCGGACCUGUGUGGGCUACCUCCUCUUCCUGUUUGCCCUGCCUGUUCUCACCUUGGGCUUGGCGGCCAUGUUGCUCUUCCAGGUCCUCCAGUGGUUCAUGGCUCUGGAGAUCACCAAGAUGCUGGUGACUCUGACCGUGUGCGCGGUCCCGGUGGUGUUGCGGUUGUGGACACGGUUCAGCCUGAACCCGCUGGUGGUGGCGAGGUCUCUGUCGCGGAGCAGCAUAGUCAAGCUCAUCCUGGUGUGGUUGAGUGCUGUGGUGCUGUUCUGCUGGAUGUAUGUCUACCGCUCUGAGGGCAUGAAGGUGUAUAACUCCACCCUCACGUGGCCGGAGUACAGUAACCUGUGUGGGCCGAAAGCCUGGAAGGAAUACAAUAUGGCCCAAACCCAGAUCCUGUGUUCUCACCUGGAGGGCCACCGGGUCACCUGGACAGGACGCUUCAAAUAUGUUCGCGUCACCAACAUCGAGAACGGAGUCCAGUCCGUCAUUGGCCUACUCCCUGUGUUUGUAGGGGACUGGAUGAGAUGUCUGUACGGUGAGGCCUAUCCACUCUGUGACAACACCACCGACCCCUCCACUCCCACUGCCCCUCCCCAGCCCCUACCUGCACCCCAGCCCCCUCCAGAAGACCCCUUAUGCAAACUGAAAAAGCUGGCGAAGCACGAGUGCCACGUGAAGCGCUUCGACCGCUACAAGUUCGAGGUGACCUUGGGCAUGCCCCUGGAGAGGAAGAGUAAGAACGGGACCAUUAUAGAGGACGAAGACGCCACCAAGGACAUUGUCCUGAGGGCCAGUAAUGAGUUUGGCCCCAUGUUGCUGCACCUAAGCGCUGGGAGCCUGGUAGAGUUCAGUACGGUUCUGGAGGGACGCCUGGGCUCUAAGUGGCCUGUGUUUGAGCUGAAGGCCAUUCACUGUCUGACGUGUGCAGACGCCCGCGUGCCCAGCGGCAGGCAGUAUAAGAUCGAACACGACUGGAGGCGCUCGGCCCAGGGGGCUCUGCAGUUUGGGUUUGACUUCUUCUUUAACCCCUUCCUCACUGCACAGCUGGAGCAGGACGCUGAAACACUGGGGUUUGGACCUGUUCUGAUCCCACAGUUCCAGUCUGCAGGCCUCUAAUGAUGAUGUCACUGUUUGUAGGUUGUGACAUCACCACUGUAACCCUCUACGCUACUGUGACUAAUAAACCAAUCAUGGAAAUCUCUGCUUCCUGAAAGGUUAUUGCAGCCUCUCACUCCCUCUCUCUUUCAUGCGCACACACAGUCUGUAUACCUUAAUAAGCAUGAUCUUGUCAUUUAGUCUGGAUCUUUACUCUCUCCAGGGCUAUGGACAGCUUGUCCAGCAGAAGAGGUCACACACACACACACACACACACACACACAGUGCUGAUUCUGCUUCAUUAGUGUAUGUAAUGACAGUGUAUUAACACUAGGUGGAUCCCCAGGCUACAGCACA